AUGGUUGUCUCCUCUAUGCAGCCUCACACCCACCCGCAGCAGGGUCCCCUUCCCCCCCAUCUGCAACACUCCCGGCCCUCCAGCAUUGUCCAUCAGCAGCAUCACAGCCAGACCCCGGCUCAGCAGCAGCAGCAACAGGCGCAGCAUUCGGGCGCGUACUCGUACCCGCAGCAGAGCCAGGCAAGCAAUUCGCAAGACCACACGCUGCCCUAUUACGCGCAUCCUAGCCCGUACAGCACGCCGGGCGCGACUAGCGGAUACACGACGGCAGACACGGGAGACAUGAUGGCUGCGACCAUGCCGAGACCCUAUCCGCCAAUCUCGUACCAUACCCCGCAGUCGAACUCGCCUGCUUCAGUGGCAUCGCCUUCGGGCCAUGACCAGCAGAGAAGCAUGUACGCGCAGCCGCCAUCGCAAUUACACCAGCAGCAGAUGUACUAUGGGGCCCCCCAGCAGCAGUACUCGUCCAUGCCGGCCCAGGCCGCGCAGUCGCCGUACGCCCAACAUGCCCAACAGCCCCAUCAGCCUAUGGCCUCGCAGCCGAGCAUGAUGAUGUCGCACACGCCGCCCCAGCACCCCAUCAGCCAGCACCCGUCGCAGCAUUCUCAGGCGGGCAUGACGGUCAGCCCGCGUCCGGAUAAGAUCGAGACGCACAGCCUCGGCCAUCGGAUAUCGGGACCGUCCGCGCCCGUGGCCAUGGGUGGCGCAUCGUCAGCGAGCCCUCAAAACGGAGCCCCGCUCUCCACUCCCACGACCACCGGUUCCGGCGUGAAUGCGAAUGCCGCCCCCGGUCCGAUCCCCGCGACCACGCCUCUGGUGGUGAGGCAGGACACGAACGGCGUGCAGUGGAUCGCGUUCGAGUACUCGCGGGACCGCGUCAAGAUGGAAUACACGAUCCGCUGCGACGUCGAGUCGGUGAACCAGGACGAGCUCACGCCCGAGUUCAAGUCGGAGAACUGCGUGUACCCUCGCGCUUGCUGCCCCAAGGAGCAGUACCGCGGCAACCGGCUGCAGUACGAGACCGAGUGCAACACGGUGGGGUGGGCGCUCGCGCAGCUGAACCCGCCGCUGCGGGGCAAGCGAGGCCUGAUCCAGCGGGCCGUGGAUAGCUGGCGGAACAGCAACCAGGACCCCCGCCUGAGGAGUCGCCGGGUCCGUCGUAUGGCGAAGAUGAACUACCGCAACGGCAAGGCAGGCUCGACCACGCCGCACGCAACGCACAUCCCGGCGCCGGGUGCUCCCGGCUCGACGGGCAUGACGACACCGACGCCCAUGGGUCCCGGCAGUACGCCGGCCAUGGGCAAGCCGGGGCUCCCCAUGGCGCAGCAGAUGCACCACCACCACGGCGGGCAACAGGACGGCAGCGCUCAGGGAGGAGACGAAGUCGGCGAAGGAAACUAUGGUGACAACCAGUCGCAUCAUCACCACCACCAUCAGCCCCCCGUGCAGCCCGGCUCGGACGAGCGGCCCGCGCAUGUUUUCACCGGCUACGAUGCCUACCACGGGGCGCCGCACGCGUCCUCGUCCAUGUCCAUGCACGACAGCCUCGGCGACGCCUCGCAUGGCGCUGCCGGCCCGCUCGCCGCCCAUCGCUCAACCUCGUCUCGCGGCGCCCAUGACGGUCCCGACGACCUGUUCCCGGACAUCCCGGAGGCCAAGAAGCGCAAGUUCAUCCUCGUCGAGGACAGCGAUCGCAACAGCCGGCUGCGGGUGCGCGUCACGCUGGACGGCGUCGACACGCACGAGAUCCCGGACAGCUUCCGUAAGAGCAGCAGCGUCUAUCCGCGGUCGUACUUCCCCCGCGAGAUGCAGAGCCCGCCACCCAGCGCGACCGGCAGCAGUUUCUUCACCGACGACUUAACCGACACCGAAGACGACGGAACCACCGACACGGAGGGCCGCAGGCCCGGACGUGCUGGCCGCUCGGCGCGCGCGCGGACCAUGGUCAAGGUGCCGCUGGCCGAAGGCCGCGAGGGCGAGGUGGCGAUCCCGAGGAUGCGCAAGAUGUUCCGCGGCAAGGAGGUGCGGCUGAACGAUCUCGGCUAUCGCAUGGCCUGGCUGCAGAGCCGGGUGUUCGCGGGGCGGACCGUGUUCCUGCAGCGAGCGUUGGACUGCUACAGAAACAAGACGCGCAACGCCAUGGAGUCAAUGAUGCAGGACGUCAAGACGGCCGCGCCGCACUACGAGACGCGGGUCGGGAAGCGCAAGUGGAACGAGCGCAUGCGCGCGGGCGAAAAGGAAGACGAGUCAUAA